UUAGCAAAUUUGGGAUAUCCAUCAGUGAGACGAACGAAAGUGAUAAAAAACAAAAUCAACGUGAAAAGUUGUAAAAAAUCAAUUUAAGGCAAUUUCACGUUGAAAUAAUCGAAAAUUUGGAUUGAAAACUGCUUAAAAUCGAGAAAUAACAAAAAUGUUUCUCAGUAAAAGAGGAAAUUUCGGGCAACACAUGAAAUUUUUGAGGUUUUGCUCAACCUCGCCGGGAUUCUUGAGAUAUGGCAAAGAUCCUGCCCCAUUUUUCAUCGAUCCGCAAGUGCAGAAGCUGCUAAAGUCUGUUACGGGCAUAAAUUACGACAAAAUCUUCAGUAAACUUUCAAAAAAGGAAAAUUUGGUUGACUUACAGUUCAUGACAGCCGAAAAAUUGCAAAAACAAGUAAAAGUCGCCCAUCAUCGUGCCCAAAAAUUGCUCCAAAUGCCUCCCAUAGUGAAAGUUCACGAAGAAAACUUGCGAAUUAUUUCCCAAGAACCCGAAAUGGAUGGAUUUUCAGAUUCGAAAUAUGUCGCCAUCGACAUUUCCUUCGACGUAAAGGACACAAAACGCGUCGUUCUGGUGCGCCAUCAAAACGGAAACCUUGAAACAGCCCCUUUGGAUGUUCGUAAGCGCGUCACACAAAUCUACGUGCCUCACGAAAACCGAAAAAUCACGAAACCCAAAAUGUUUGAGCCCGAAUUCUUCGAACGUGUGCUCGAGGAACAGAAAUACGAGUUCAUUCUGGAUCGGGCAUGCACGCAAUUUGAGCCUUAUGAGCAGGAAUAUCACGAUAUCACGUCGCAAACGUACCAACACAUCAACAAAAAUAAACGUUUCAACGAUUUACGAUCCACGAGACAUUUUGGCACGAUGACUUUCUUCCUCGCGUGGCACAAAAUGAUCGACGAUCUCUUGUUGGACUGUUUGAAACGAGGAUUUUUGCGAAAUGCCGUCGAAAUUAUCCUCUUGCAUCACAAACUACAUGCGAUUUCGGAUGAAGAAGCAGUUCAAAAAUGUUUGACGGAGAAUCCAGAUACACGUGACGUUGCCAAGGAAUAUUAUGAGGCAAUGAUUUCGGGCACGAAUCACGGAAUGCAUCAAAAAAUCGAUUAUGACGCGGAAAAAAUUAAGCAGGAAAAUGCACGUGAUGAGGCCUUUUUGCAACAAAUUGAGCAAUACGCAAAAUCGCAUGGCGUAAAGAAAAUUUUCCUCGAAACUGCGAUCCAAACGUGUCGAGAAGAGAUGGAGAAAAAGAUGGGAGAUGCUCGUCAAGUGGCGUCGUCAUAAAUUUUUUUUUUUGUAGAGUAAUAAAAAUAGUCUAUUUCAAGUGAA